GGGCUGCGCAGCGUGGGAGGGCUUCGCGAUCUCGGGGGACCGAUUCCGAACUUGCAGAGGACAGCGGCUCUCGCGGCCUGGAAAGUGUGAACAGAUUGUGGACUCUUCUAAGAUUCACAAUGAAAUGGUGAAUCCAAAGGCUAGAACCAAACAGAUUUGCUCGGGAUCUUAAUUUUAACAACAGUAAAUUGUCUACCAGCACCCAUCAUGGCUAAAAGUGCAGAAGUCAAACUGGCAAUAUUUGGGAGAGCAGGCGUGGGCAAGUCAGCCCUGGUAGUGAGAUUUCUGACCAAACGGUUCAUCUGGGAAUAUGAUCCCACCCUCGAAUCAACCUACCGACACCAAGCAACCAUCGAUGAUGAAGUUGUUUCCAUGGAGAUACUAGAUACUGCUGGUCAGGUGAAUAAGCAGGAAGACACCAUUCAGAGGGAAGGGCACAUGCGAUGGGGGGAAGGCUUUGUCCUGGUCUAUGACAUUACAGACCGAGGAAGUUUUGAGGAGGUGGUGCCACUUAAGAACAUCCUAGAUGAGAUAAAAAAGCCCAAGAAUGUGACUCUCGUCUUGGUUGGAAACAAAGCUGACUUGGACCACUCCAGACAGGUUAGCACAGAAGAAGGAGAGAAGCUGGCCACAGAAUUGGCUUGUGCUUUUUAUGAGUGUUCUGCCUGCACCGGAGAAGGGAACAUCACAGAGAUAUUCUAUGAGUUGUGUCGAGAAGUGCGCCGCCGGAGGAUGGUGCAGGGCAAGACCAGGCGACGCAGCUCCACCACGCACGUCAAGCAAGCCAUUAACAAGAUGCUUACCAAAAUCAGUAGUUAAGCCACUCUGUUCUUGCAGAGACCCUGCCAAGAUGGAUUGGGUAAUUGGAAACACCCUCUUGCCCUUUUUUCUCCCCUCCCUUCCCAAAAAACCCAGUAUAUUCCAUUUCUUGUUUUGACUCUGAGAAAUGUCUGGGCUUCCCACUGUUGCCAGCCCCCUAUAUGUUGGGAAGUUUUAGGGUGUUUUAUGCAAUUUCAGUGCUGACAACUUCUCCCUUUUCUGCCUGAAUAAGAUACACUCUAAUGUAAUUGAACUUGUGGUCAAUCACCAGAGAUUCUGAAAUGACUGGGUUCAUAGUAGGCUAUUUUUAUGCAUCUUCACCUUGCUUAAAUAGGUUGAAGUCUUUUCAAAGGCAUUUUAAGAUUCAAUUUCUUGUCAGAAACUACAAAUAAUCAUCUUAGAAGCCUAAGAUGGCAGAAAAUAAAGCAAAAACACAAGAAGUCUAGCUGAUUUAUUAGAACAGGAAAUAGAACGUUAGUUCCUAUUUGAAGUGAAGAUUUUUCUGGAUUAUCUUAAACCAUCUAGUUUUUCUUUAGCCUUUUAUAUUGUUCUUAAGAUCAGGCAUGUUCUCACUAAGGUUUUUCACUGUAACAGAGAGUUCAUUUUAAUUUGAGUAGUUCUCUCAAUGACCUAUUUAUCAUUACAUGCUAAAGUCAAGCAAGCCUUUAAUUAUAACAAAAAUUCAAAUCCUGCUAGACAUUUUCUCAUCAAGCCCAGGGUGAUAUAAAAACAUUAGAAAUCUUCUCACCAAACCCUAAUUUUAUUGAAUGCUAAUAGAGGAUUUAAAAUUAGAGAUGUCUGACUCAAUUCUCAUUCUGCUUAUCACCUAAGCAGAAAGACAAUAGUGCAAAAAUCAAGAAAUUUAAGAAUGGAGCUUAAGUGCCCUAUUGGGAAGCCUGGGCUGUGUACAAGGCACAAUCAGGAAAAUUAGCUUCUGGCUCAUUAAAUUGACUGCAUGACUUAUUUUAAUAUUUUGGAUGUUAAUUCACUUAGGAGAAUUCAGAAAAAAGUAGGUGAUUAAAGUUCAUUGUACCUGAAUAAAUGUGUAUAAAACAGAUUCUUGUAUUGUGAAAGUACAGUCUACAACUGAUCAAACAUUUUGAUUCUUUUUUCCUAUUAUGCCCCCAUAUAUCAAUAUUUGGGCACUUUAUUUUAGUAGAAAAUAUAUAUCUUUUACAUAUGUAUGUAUUUAUAAAUGCAUAAAUAUAUGUAUAAAAUUUGUAAGAGUUGGAGGCUUUAUUUACCAAUGCAUUUGGACAACUUGGUGUAAUUGAUUUUAUUUUAUGUGACUAUAAUAAAAAAAAAUAAUUUUCUCAUUCUGUCACA